UCACUGAAAACUGCAUCAAGAUCAGACUUAUACCAAUACUCAAUUUAGUCAAUAGUCAGCAUCGGUGCAAAACUGCAAAGUUGGUUCGAGUCUUUCCUCCAAGGGUUAUGGGGAUUUUAUCGACGAAAAGAACAACUAUGGAGCCGUGCAGAUUUCGGAACACUAUUCUCAUCUGUUUUCUUGUCGUGAUGGUCAUCUUAAAUGUCUUCGUAGUAUCAGGAGAAAUAAGCGAACACGAAGGACAAGGCAAAAUUUUGACCCGAAACUACCGAGGUUUGUUGGAUUUAUUAAAAGGGAAAAAGGGAACUGCUCCCACGGACGAUAACUGCAACUGUGUCAUGACUGAUCAACCAGUGUGUGGAAAUAAUCGUGUAACCUACGCAAAUCCAUGCAGUUUCAAAUGCGCUAUGCAGAAAAACUCGAAAUUGAGGGUGGUACGACAAGGGGCCUGCUGACCCGGAUACAGACACAAUUCAAUAUUUACCAAUUUAUGUCUAGUAAAUCUACUUUUUAAAAUACAUGCAAAUGCAAAAUGGAGAAUUAAAUGAAUUAAAUGUCAUUAAGGAAAAGUGUUUUGAAAA